UUUUUUUCUGGUUUAACCAUUUGACCUUAAAGUUAUCACUCAAUGUUAAAUUCGAGGAAAUCUGGGGACGAGAAUGCACUUUAACAUCUAUAUUAAAAUACCCGUAUACGUCUGUCUGUCUUUCACGCAAAAUGGUACCGAAAGUAGCGAGACGCAAUCAAUGAAGAACAGGCGAACCCGUGAAUUUUUUUACGGGCCACUAGUUUUAAGUUUUCCCAUAAACAUUUCAAAACUCAUUUUAACUAUUGCUCGAUUCCUAAGCCUUCAUUCAUACAAUUGACAACUCGAUUUACCUUUUAACAGCGUUAGGAAAACCACAACCCUGUUAAGUCUGAGGUCACAUACACUUCUCUUUUGAUGGGAGCGUAUUAACCGCAAAUGAAAAGCGAAUUGACAAAAAAAUUAACCCUGUGGGGAAGUACUGAAAAUGGAGUGCAGAAUGAAAAGUAUAAAUUAUUUUGUCAAAUUCAAUUUUUGAAUAACAAACUUAGUUGUGUUUCACAUUGUACCUGCUAUUUUUCAAUGUGUUAUUCACCUCUCAUAAUAUAUUCAUAUAAAUUUUUAAGCUAAACUUCUAACAGAUUUUUAAAACAUUUCCAAACUAAAAUAAAAAAAGAUUUUAUAUUUUAAUUUUUUUUUUUUUUAAUUGUCGUCCUUUUUCUGUUUCUGUUUUUUUUUAAAAAUCCCUAAGUAUAGCAACGAAAACAUUACCUUUAUAAAUAUAUUGCAGGAAAAAGUAUACAUUAAAAUAUUUCUUCCUUCGCCUUCUCUUUCUCUCACGCUAAUAAUUUUCAUUCGUUUUAUUUCAUUAAAAAUAUAUAAAGUAUUGUUAAAGCGAGAAGAUAGAUCUAGGUUCAUUCUUAAGCGACUUUGUUUUAACAAAAAUAUAAAAUAUCCAACAAGAUAUUAUUAGCGCGCUGGUGGUUGUUUAGUGUUUGUUUGUUUAUUUAUAAAUAAACAAAAACAAAUUUCCUGCGUACGUGCAAAGGAAAGGACAGCAAAUAAAUGAUUUUAUUUAUCAAAUCGUAUAGCUGAAAGGAAAAAGAGAAGUUGAAGCCAUGUAAAUGAAAUUUAUCAUAUACGAUUAUGUUGGGCGUAGAAAAUUCGCAUCGGUUUGACUAACUGAGGCAUUCCGUAAUAUAAAUAUAAUAUAUACAAUUUAUAAUACUAUGUGGGAAUAAAUUGGAUGAAAUUAAUAUGUUUGUACCUGCAAAAAAGCGUGCACAGCCUGGAGCAGGACACGAUGUGGGGAAGCAGAUGGAAGAACGAGUCACUGAUGACGAAUACAUCGGCCAUGAUAUGGAGUUAGAAGUUGUCGACAUAAACGUUGCGGGAAAGAGAUUCCAAACAUAUAGUAAAACCUUAGAGAGGUUUCCACAUUCUCUGCUCGGUGAUCCAAGCAGGCGGGUGCAAUUUUUUAAUCCAGAAACAAAAGAGCUAUUCUUUGAUAGACAUCGCCCAACAUUUGAAGCUAUUUUAUAUUACUACCAAUCGGGCGGAGUAAUGGCGAGGCCCCCCAAUAUACCUGUUCAUAUUUUUAUAAAUGAACUGAUAUUCUUCGAUAUAGGUGACGAGUUAAUAGAGAAGCUUCAAAUUGAGAAUGGUUUAAAAGAGCCUGUUGUAGUGGCAGAAGUUCCCAAUUAUUUACCGUUUAAGAUCUUGUGGGCGUUUUUAGAAGACCCUAGUUCUAGUAAAGCAGCGCAUAUAUUUGCCAUUACGUCUGUCGGCAUCAUAGUGUUAUCUUUAAUCAUGUUCGUCGUUGAGACGUUACCAGAAUUUGCUCCUACAAUAAUCUCAGUAAAUGGCACGGAUAUUACGUACCCUAAUAAACAUGAAAAAUGGAUGUUUAAUGUAAACACAGCCGUAAUAUGUUGGUUUACAGUUGAGUUUGUACUGCGAAUGAUUUGUUGUCCAAAUAAACUGAAGUUUUUUAUUGAACCUGGCAAUAUUAUAGAUUUUCUUUCAAUUCUACCGUAUUACAUCAGCCUGGCACUAGCAUCAAAAAACCAUCAAGGUUCAUUUGCUAUGCUUCGAGUUAUUCGAGUUCUUAGGGUGUUUAAACUCGCUCGACAUUCACGUGGUUUACAAAUUCUAGGAAAUACAUUAAAAGCUUCGUUUAACGAACUAAUGAUGUUGGGUUUUUUCUUGUUCGUAAUGAUUCUUAUAUUUGGUAGUUGCGUGUAUUAUGCAGAAUACUCAGCAAAAGGGACGAAGUUCGUGUCGAUUCCGAAUUCAUUUUGGUGGGCAAUAGUAACUAUGACUACAGUAGGGUAUGGGGAUAUGUACCCAACGACGUUUUGGGGGAAAAUAGUGGGCGCCAUGGCUGUUGUUUGUGGUGUUUUAACCAUAGCAUUACCUGUACCCGUUGUUGUAUCGAACUUUGAAUAUUUUUACACUAAGGAGAGAAAUAGAAGGAAAACAGAGGAAGCGAAGAAAGAACAAGCCAAAAAGAUUGAAGAGCAGGCUGUAAGAGAAAGGGUGAAUGGCCGCAUAGAUCUUAUACGUAAUUAUGCAAAAAAUCUCAGGAAAGUUAGUUUUCGAAAAUCCUCCAAAAAAGAAACCCAAGAAGCCGUUUUAGAAGCUUUAAAAGCAAAUGGAAGUUGCCAUCGUGAUCUUAGUGAGGAAAUUACUAAACAUAGUGAUGCAGAGUUGAUUUCGACCGUAUAAUACGUACCCAGCAUUCGUUGGAAGCAUUCAUACGCCAAAAGAAAAGAAAAUGCUGUUCGCCAAUAAGCUAUCGUUUUACGAAAUAGCAUGUCAGCGUUUGUUAUUGAGCUACCAUCUUGCAUGCUUUAAAUCUUCAAGAGUUUAAAACGAAUUUAAAUUAAAAUGGCGAUAUAAAUUAUUUUUUCGAUUAAGAAUAGAGCAUUCGUUCCAACAGUAAUUCGUUAACCAAAUAUGUUUUUAAAUGAUGAUAAAGAAUAUUGAAAGUUUAUACCAAAGUAAACAAAAUUUAUAUACUGUAAGUAAAAGUAAACAGCAGUUAUAUUUUGAUCUAGGUUUGUGAUAAAUAAAAAGAAAAUUAAUUCC